CCGCACGGCGCUUCGGCCGCCGAGAGCUGCAGGGGAGUGGUCUCGUUUUCUGCAUGCUAUAAGUGCCGGUGCCCGUCCAUCCUCACGCUCAUUACUACAACUAUCAUAGCAGAGGAGAUGCUCACCUCACAGAAGCUGGUUUUUCUUUUUGCCGCCUUCGCGUGCGUCGCCGCUCAGGAGCUGACCAACCGCCUCACCACGGUCGAAUGGGAGUCUUACAAUGAACGCGAGCCAAAGGGUCCAGGCAGCUAUGCGUACGGAUACGACGUCCAAGACCCAUUGACGGGAAACGUCCAGUUCAAGGAAGAAACGCGGAAGCCGGACGGAACUGUCCGCGGCAGCUACGGACUCGUUGAGCCCGAUGGAAACGUCAAGAUUGUCCACUAUGUUGCUGAUGACAAAGGCUUCAGAGUUCACAUCGAAAACUCGGCCAAACCCGACGAAUUCCACCCUGUCCAGAGGAGUAUCAACGAGGCAUCUGUGCACCAUUCUGUCGUUGGACAGUACGGCAGAAGACUGCUGAGACAGCCGAUCGUCGUUGGACCAGUGGCCCCCACCGCCCCUGAAACUGUAGCAGCCCCUGCUCCGGUAGCUGCACCCCAGACUGUCUACACUGUGAUCCCGGAGAAUUUGCACACGCAAUACUACCAUUACAUCCAACCGUCUUAUUUCCAAUCCAAAUGACAUUCACUGUAAUGAAUUUUUUUAGCGAUAUUGUAAAUAGUUCACAGCACAUGUACACAAGAAGCAUCAACCUCUGAAUACCAAACUUGUCAUUCAUGAAUUAUGAUAUUUUUAUAAAAUGACCAAAAACCCUUAUUUUCAACUCAAUGUCUAUCCUUUUUGUUAAAUAUGCCAAUAAAUAGUUGAAUGUUUGACAAGCCCUGUC